AUGGAUGUGGAUAGUUGUGAGUGGAGACCUCCGAGGACAAGGGGGUUUGCUGUCAGAGACGCGGUCAGGGCUUGCAAUGUGGAGGCCCGGCUUGCAAUAUGUACGGAACGGUAUCCCCUACCACAAAUGCCCCGCAAACGAUUUGACUCCAAGCAUAGCAAGGGCUUGAAGCAUGGCGAGUGA